AUGCAAAGCAUUGCCUGCUCUGGUACAGUGCAGUCACUGAGACGCCUGGUCUCCGUCGGUACGCUGGGGUGCGCACAGGCUUCAUCACGACGCUGGCUCGCUAGCGGCAAGGACCUUCGCUUCGGCUCAGAGGCAAGAAACCUGAUGCUUCGCGGUGUAGAUCUGUUGGCAGACGCCGUCCAGACGACCCUGGGUCCCAAGGGAAGGAACGUGGUCAUCGACAUGAGCUACGGAUCCCCGAAGAUCACCAAGGACGGUGUCACCGUUGCACGAAACAUCGAGUUCCGCGACAAGCACCUGAAUUUGGGCGCACAGCUCGUGCGGGCGGUGGCCUCGGCAACGAAUGAUGCAGCAGGUGACGGAACUACGACGGCGACUGUACUGACACGAGCUAUUUUCACGGAAGGUGUGAAAGCGGUAGCAGCGGGCCUAAAUCCUAUGGAUCUCAAACGUGGCAUUGAUCUGGCCGUAGAGAAGGUGCUCGAAAAGCUCAAGGAAUAUUCGAAGGAGAUCGGCGGCAAGAAUGAAAUCAAACAAGUCGCAACAAUCAGUGCAAAUGGUGAUGAGAAGAUUGGCGAACUCAUUGCAGAGGCUAUGGACAAGGUUGGUCGCGAAGGAACCAUUACGGUUGCGGACGGCAAGACCCUUACCGAUGAACUGGAAGUCGUCGAAGGCAUGCGUUUUGAUCGUGGCUACAUCUCGCCGUACUUCAUCACGGAUGCCAAAAGUCAGAAAUGCGAACUCGAGGAUGUUCUGAUUUUAACAGCGGAAAAGAAGGUGAGCAGCUUACAGUCCAUUCUGCCGCUGCUGGAGCAGGUCGUCAAGGCACGACGUCCACUGCUCAUCAUUGCGGAAGACGUGGACUCCGAGGCGCUCGCUACCCUCGUUGUGAACAAGCUGCGCGGUGGCAUUCAGGUCUGUGCAGUGAAGGCGCCAGGUUUUGGUGAUAAUCGCAAAGCGAACCUCAUGGACAUCGCUACGCUCACCGGUGGUGAAAUGGUCUCCGAUGAGCUCGAUGUCAAGUUAGAGGACAUGACCAUUCAUCGCCUCGGCACCGCGAAGAAAGUCACUGUUAGCAAGGAUGAUACCAUCAUUCUUGACGGCGGCGGCGACAAGAUGCAGGUCCAGAAUCGCUGUGAGCAGAUCCGUGCGGCAAUCGAGAAUGCGACCUCCGAGUAUGAGAAAGAGAAACUUCAAGAGCGUUUAGCGAAACUUACCGGUGGCGUCGCCGUCAUCAAGGUAGGUGGCGCUAGCGAAGUCGAGGUCGCUGAAAAGAAGGACCGCAUUACGGACGCGCUGAAUGCAACGCGUGCUGCCGUCGAGGAAGGUAUCGUAGCUGGUGGCGGCACUGCGCUCCUGCGGGCAGGCAAAGAUGCACUCGAGAACCUCCAAGGAAAAACCUUUGACCAGAACGUAGGUAUCGAUAUUGUCCGCAAGGCGUUGCGAGUGCCCUGUAUGGCGAUCGCUCAAAACGCUGGCCAUGAAGGCUCUGUCGUCGUCGAGAAAGUCCUCACGAGUUCCGAUAAGAACCUCGGCUUCGACGCCGCUACCGGCAAGUAUUGUGACCUCAUCGCAUCGGGUAUCAUUGAUCCAACCAAGGUCGUGCGCACGGCGCUAGAGCGAGCGAGCAGUGUGGCAGGGCUCAUGACCACCACCGAGUGCAUGGUUGUGGAACUCCCCAAGGAGGAAGCGAAAGCGUUUGGAGGUGCUGGCGGCGGCGGUGGCGGCAUGGGUGGUAUGGACAAUAUGGAUAUGUAUUGA